AUGCCUAGUCCUUUACGUUGGGGUAUUGUGUCAGCUGGCAAAAUCAGCCAUGACUUUUGUGUGGCCCUAUCCACCUUACCAUCAGAUGAACAUCAAAUGAUUGCUGUGGCAGCCCGCGAUAAACAAAGGGCCGCGGAAUUUGCUAAGAAACAUGAAAUGCCCAAACACUUUGCAAGCUACGAGGAAUUAGCGGAAUGUAGUGACGUGGAUAUUGUCUACGUUGGCGCUUUGAAUCCACAACACUUUGAAAUAUGCAUGCUAAUGUUGGAGCAUGGCAAACAUAUACUGUGUGAAAAACCACUAUGCUUGAAUCACAAACAAGCCAAAAAAUUAAUACAAUAUGCUGAAAUGAAGAAAUUAUUCCUAAUGGAAGCGGUAUGGUCGAGAUUUUUCCCGGCUUAUCAAUAUGUCAAGAAACAAAUUGCCACUGGCGUAUUGGGAGAAAUACAAGAAGUUGAAGUGUCGUUUGGAUUUCCACUUGAAGAUGUCGAUAGAUUGAAGAAAAAGGACAUGGGUGGCGGUACGGUUCUUGAUUUGGGUAUUUAUACCAUACAAGUGUCACAAUGGGCAUUCCAGGAGCCACCACAGCAAAUAAUAGCCAAGGGUGAACUAAAUUCAGAGGGUGUUGACAUUGAUGUCCAAACUGAAUUGAUAUAUUCGGGAAUGAGAAAAUCCAAAAUGCACACCAGUGCCAAAACGAAAUUGGAUAAUAAUGCCAUUAUUAAAGGCACUAAAGGUCAAAUAACGCUCUUACAAUUUUGGUGCCCCACCAAAAUUAUUGACAUCGAUGGCCAAGAAAAAGAAUGGGUUCUGCCGAAAGGAAAAUUGGACACAGUUUAUGUUAAUUCUGAAGGUCUUCGUUAUGAAGCCGAAGCUGCACGUCAAUGUAUUCUCGAGGGUAAAAUACAAAAUGAAAAUGUUAGCCACAAUGAUAGUCUGCUGUUUGCACAAAUUGAAGAUGAAAUCCGCAAGCAAAUUGGUGUAGUAUUUCCAGAGGAUUAA